AUGCCAGUGGAGCAGGCCAGCGUGGCGAGCGUCACAGGUGUGAGCGUGGGUUCCACAUCUGGAGGGCCGGUCUUGCGAAAGAAGCUCUUCGACCAGAACGUGUCGGACUGGGCUUCGCGGUAUCGGAAGCACAAGCAAAGCCUGGACCAGCUCACCAGGGAUUGUGAGCUUUUGCGGGCGGAGGUCUGCAAACAUCAGGUGGAAGUUGACGAGCGAGCUCAGAAGACUGCAGAGCUCGAGGACAAGUUCCACGGCCAAACUGUGAUUAAGUUCACGGACAUGAAGGCUGCUGUCGAGGCAGCUGGGCAGCGGAAACAGCAGCUGGCCCUGGAAGUUGGAGAAGCGCGGAAGCUCAAGGCUCAAUUGUCGAAGGAGUGCAAAUUGCUCAAAGCAGACUAUGAGCGCAAGCACUCGGAGCUCGCCCGCGGAGCCGAGAUGCGCGACAGGCUGGAGCAGCAGCUCGUCAUGUUCACCCAGCAGCUCAACCAGGUCAGCGGUGAGCGCCAGCGCCUGGAGAAGGAGUUGGAGUUGGUUCAGCACAACCUGCGACAACAUACGGAGCUUGCAGACGAGGCCCACAGCGAGAUCGAGCGCACUUGCGGGGGCAUGAAGGCGUCAGUGCAGCACCACAUGGCCACCUCCCUUCGCCUCCAAGAGCCCUUGGAGGAUACAGGGUACUGA